CGGAAAUUCAUGUCAUCGAAAACCAAAAAAGGGAAGAAGAAAACCAAAACCGUCAGCGAUGUGACCAAGAGCAAAGACGCCCUCGCGAAUAAAAAAAUUUACACUUAUUUUAACAAUGACGAGAUCGCCGAGAUCAAAUCCAUAAUGAAAAUGAAGGACGUGACGGGAGUUCCUUUUGUUAUAGCGGCUACGUUUCUCUACAAAUUCGACGUGCUAAAGAAGCUUCUCAAAGACGGCUACAACGUGAACCAAACCGGUCAGAACAACAUGACGGCUCUGAUGUGGGCCGUUAAAUACAAAUACAUAGACAUCGUCGACUACUUGCUCAACAACGGUGCAGAUCCCACGAUCAAGACGGACAGCGGCGACAACGUCUUGAUCCUGGCUCUAGAGCACAAACUCUGGGACGAGCAGUCGAUGAUUAACCUGUGGAAGUCCGUGAAGCGCGUAAGCUUCAUCGACGUGAACUUCACUAACAAGAACGGCCACAACAUGCUCCACAUGUGCGUCCGAAGAGACUGGGAGGAGCUCCUCAAGCUCCUCCUCACGGAAAAGGUAUUCCGACAAAACCGCCAAAUCCCGCCUAAUCGAACCUUCAAGCCCAACAUAGACUCGGGCAACUCCAACGGGGUCACGCCCCUCAUGCUAGCUUGCUUCCGCAACAACAUCAACAUCAUCAACAUCCUAAUAGACGCAGGCGCGGAUAUUCUCAAAGAGGACAACCACGGAAGGAUGACCUUAUGCUACGCCAUCUCCUCGCUGGUGAAGAUCAGCAAGCCCCCGUUUCUGGCGACCGACAAAAUCAUAACCGAACUUCGAAAGAAAUCCCUUCUAGAUACGUACCUCAAGCGACGGCUAGAGCUGAUAAUAGCUACAGCAAAGAAAAACGAAAUUUCUUGCGCAACGUCGGAGAUGCUAAUCAAAAUCAUACAAUUUGCCGUGCAAUUUAUUAAGGAAGGCAUUUGCAUAUUUUUAGAAUGCGACGUGUUUGCGCAACUGUUAGAGAUUCUCGAGACGCGAUUGGACAAUGCUUCUGUCCUCAAAUUCCUCGUAGAAGUGUGCGAAGAACUCCUCUUCUACAACGAACAAAGCGUGGGUUACAAACCCGAAGUGUACAACAAAAUGCUGGAAGACUUUUUCAAAAGCGGCUUCGUCGACGUCGUUCUGGAAAUCAUCCACAACGACACCGAAGAAGCUAAAGUUGCGAUCAAUCUCAUAGUUCUGGGCUUCGUGAAUGACGAGCGCUGGGAGAAGGUUCUCGAGAAGAACUGCACCGUGAUUCUAGGGUACAUGAACGACAACCAAACGGUCACGCAGGACGAAACUCAAGCAAAAAUCCUCAAGAACAAGAAACGCAAACUGAAGAAAGUCUUCGAGAGUUUGGACGUUCCCGUGCUAGCGUCAGACUCCACGGAGAAACUCGAAGACCGCAAAAAGAGCGACAGCAGCGUCAACAACUCGAAGAAGUCGCGACGUCGUUCUAAAGCCAUAAAGGCAAAACUGUCGAAAAUGAAGAGUGCCGAACUUAGCAAAAGGUUGAAUCUCAGCGGAAAAAAACUCAACCAAGCGAAACCGUCCAAGUUGCAAGCCAGCAAGAGCGAAUCCUUCGAAGAAAUCGAGUUUCUGUUAAAGCCGGAGGAGAAAUUCCAAACCGAGAACCCUAUAGCGGCUUCGUUCCAGUAUUUGUUAGAUAACGAAAUCGACAACGGCGACAAAAAGUCAGACCGGGAGGUGUACCCGAAAUGGAAGAAACAAAUCGCGAGUUUGUCGCACGUGGACUCUUGCAAAAACUUAUCCAUCGAUCAAGAGAAACUCUUCCACUGCAUAAAUCACUUGAAGGAGUCUUCUUCGAGUCACAAGUUUGAUCCCACGAUCAACCGAUCCGUCAACGUGGUCAUCGAUUACUUGCGUCAGUUGGUACAGAUGAUCGUCCGCAAGUACCGCGAACAUUGGGAGAGCGAUCGGAUGACCGGAAACUGCAACUGCAUGGAGCUUAACGAACACGUCCCUUGGUUGUUCAAUCGCCACGUCAAAACUCUAGAAGCCCGAGAAAAGCAAGUCAUCCAAGAAAUGCAAACGAAUUUCGACCAAUUGCUUAAAUCCGUCAAAGAUUUAGCUCACAAGGAUCUUAAUCGGUGUCUCCAGUCGCUGUACAAACUCGAAGCCACCGUUCUCAAUUACGAAAUCCGCGGGAUCAAAGUUCUCUCUUACGUGUGCGGAAUAGAGAACUUUGCUAUGCGUUAUUCGACGACGAAUACGAAGUUUGACGAUAACACCGUGGUCGAGUAUGUUCAAAACGUGGUUAACGAUCUCGAGGAUCCUCGGACGGACGUAGAAGUUGAAGUGAUGGACGACGUGGACGACGUUUCCUUCACGGAAACGUACAAGUCUGAAACUCCCGUGGAGCUCUACUAUCGAGAAAUGUCGUUGGUUGGGAAACGCGGACCUAGAAACAAGCGUAAGGAGAUCGAGGCCAAACUCAACACCAUCGCAAACGGCUUCCACUUGAUUAACUCGAUCAUGUCGGUUUGCGACGAAGUGGAAGACGGUAAUAACCACCAAAAGUACGGCAUCUCUGACCUCAAUCAUCCUUUACGGAACAAGUACCAGAAGACGCUUCACUACUCGGAGAUUUCUGAAUACAUGCCGAAGCGUCUCAAGUCGCAAAUCUCGAGCUUACAGAAUCUAAAAACUUUCCAGAAGUUACUAGAGGGUGAGAUUCGCAUCGCUACCAAGGAGCAAAGGGUCAAUUAUAUAAUCUCCGCUGGGAUAAAUUUCAACGCGGUCGAGUUGGGUCUGGACAUCAACAACCAACCUUUAGCCGUUAAAAGAAUUCCUCGGGAGAGCUGGGUGGGAAAGAUCAUUAAAACCCUCGUCGAUCCUUUAGUGGGACUGAUCGAUAACCACAUCCUCCACUACUUCGCCUGCGAAUACGAAGGCAACGAACUAAUUCUCGCUACGCCCUUAUGUAAAUGGACCAUAGCUCAGUACGUGCAACUUUUGCGACAAAGCAGUGCCACGACCAUGCCCGGACUGACGGCAGUCCAAAUCGUCAAGCAGUUUCUGGACGGCCUCAUGGUACUACACAAGUGCGACAUCCCCAUAGUUCACGGGAACCUCAAGCCGUCGAACAUUUUCAUCGACUUUAACGGGCUGGUGAAGAUUGCCGAGUUUGGUAUACACAAGGCAUUGUACAAAAUUAUCGAAGCUCCAAAAAGUUCGCUGAUUUGGUUCGCCAAAGAAACCUUAGACAUCUACAAGAACAGCUCCAUCGUGGAGUGUUCGCUCAAGUCCGACAUUCAAGUCGCCGGUAUGCUGACAUACUUCGUGCUCACGCACGGCAAGCACCCGUUCGGAGACGACACGGAAGAAAUUUUGAAAAACAUUCAACGCGGUAUUCCGAAAUUGAAUGCGCGAAAUCUGGAUUUGAGGGAUUUGCUCUUGUGGAUGAUGCUCAAUGACUUUAACGAACGUCCGAACAUCGAACAAGUUUUGUCGCAUACGUUCUUUUGGUCUCCUUCUAAGAAAUGGAGUUUUGUUUUGUGCUGCGCCGGCGUAAACCAGACUGGGUACGUUUUGCCCAUCAACGUCGAGAAGCUUCAUAGGAGCAUCGACACGUUCUGUGACGCGUACAUCAAGAUCGACUGGCACGAGGUCGUCGGCAACAAGUUUCCCGCUCUCAGGAUCACCGAGAAUAAUAGUCUCGUCGGUUUGUUAAAAUUCAUAAAGAACUGUCACGACCAUCAGCUCGACACAAACAUAUCUGACGCGGAAAUGAGCUGCGCCAUUUUAUUUCUCUUCCCAACGCUUCCUGUAGCUUUAUAUAGGACGUUGCAGAACACGAACUGGCUCAAGAAUGCCGUUUUUAUGCCAUUUUCUGAACUAUUCUGAGCAUUUUAUCUAUACUUUGCCAUUGUGAUAUUUUCGUGUGGUUUAUUUAAAAUAAAACGAGUUUGUAUUAA